AUGUACCUCCUGGUCCAGGCUCGCUGGGGAAGGGUGUCCCUGUGCACGGGAGCGGUGGGCCAGGGCGAGAAGGCGGUGAGUCAUGAGGCGAAGCCGAUUCAAAGAAGCGAGACCGAAGCCAGUGAGAACCGUUCCCAAAAAUGGAAAUGUCGAGAGCUGGGUCCUGCGCUGGUGGGAAUCUGCCCCGCUGCUGCAGCUUCCCUGCUGUCAGCACCCGGCGGGAUGCUCCCGGGAAAGGAAACGGCCACGGGGAAGGCAGCGAGCCCAGCCGGGAUUUAUGGUCCCAUGAAUGGAGCCACCCGGAGAGACACCUCGACGUGGCCCGAGAGGAAGCAGAGCCACCCCGCGGGAGGGGCACGGCCACCCGGCACGACGCAGAGGUUGUCCCCGCGGCGGCAGGACGCUCCUGCGCACCCUGCGCCGCUCUCCCUGCAGGUGGGGACCAACGGGGUCAUCUCCACCCAGGAUUUCCCCAGGGAGACCCAGUACGUGGAUGACGAUUUCCCCACAGACUUCCCCGUCAUCGCUCCCUUCCUGGCCGACCUCGACACCUCCGGCGACAGAGGGAACAUCUACUACCGGCAAGACGACUCUCCGGACGUGCUGGACCGGGCUGCGGGCUACAUCCGGGCUGGGUUCCCCCGCACCGCCGGCUCCUUCGUGCCCACCAAUGCGUUCAUCGCCACCUGGGAGGACGUGGGCGCCUACCAGGAGCUCUCGCAGGACACCAAACCCUCCAAGCUCAACACCUUCCAGGCGGUCAUAGCUUACGAUGAUGAGGACACCUACGCCAUCUUCCUCUACCCCGACGGUGGCCUCCAGUUCCUGGGGACGCGGCCCAAGGAGUCCUACAACGUCCAGCUGGAGCUGCCGGCCAGGGUGGGCUUCAGCCGGGGGGACGGCGACGACCCGAAGAGGGACGGGCUCUUCCACAGCCUGGCCAGCAGCGAGCGGGCUCUGAGGCACCUGGAGCGGUGCGUGGUGCCUGGGGGACUGUGCGGGGCAGGCGCCGAAUUCACCCAGAGCCUGGAGGUGACCUUCUACCCCGGGGAGGAGACGGUCCACGUCACUCAGACGGCUGAGGGCCUGGGGCCGGACAAUUACUUAAGCCUUAAGACACACAUCCAGGGCCAGGUGCCGUUUCUCCCGGAGAACGUCACUGUCCACAUCGCUCCCUACAAGGAGCUCUACCACUACUCCAGCUCAGGAUUUCACCGUGCGUCCCUCUCCCGACCCUGGCAGGGCUCCAUCGUGGUGGGGAUCGACUAUGACUGCCGGGAGAAGGCGAUCUAUUGGACCGACGUGGCCGGCCGGACCAUAAGCCGGGCGAGUCUGGAGCCAGGCGCUGAGCCAGAGACCAUUAUCAACUCAGGGCUCAUCAGCCCCGAGGGGCUGGCGGUGGACCACCUGCGCAGAGCCAUGUUCUGGACCGACAGCGGCCUGGAUAAGAUCGAGAGAGCCCGGCUGGACGGCUCCGAGCGGCGGGUGCUCUUCGACACGGAGCUCGUCAACCCCCGGGCCAUCGCAGUGGAUCCCGUCCGAGGCAACCUUUACUGGACGGACUGGAAUCGCGAAGCACCCAAAAUCGAAACUUCCACAGUCAGCGGAGCCAACAGGAGGGUCCUGGUGAACAAGGACAUCGGCUUGCCCAACGGCCUGACGUUCGACCCCUUCUCCAAGCUGCUCUGUUGGGCAGAUGCAGGAACGAAGCACCUGGAGUGCACAUUCCCCGACGGCACGGGCCGGCGCGUCAUACAGAACAACCUCAACUACCCUUUCAGCAUCAUUAGUUACGCCAAUCACUUCUACCACACGGACUGGAGACGGGACGGUGUGAUAGCUAUCGAUAAAGAAACUGGCUCCUUUACCGAUGAGUAUCUUCCAGAGCAGCGAUCGCAUCUCUAUGGAAUAACUGCAGGUUAUCCCUACUGCCCUGGAGCAAGGAAAUAGUAACAACUGCUACUGCGAGAAACGACAAUCUUUGCACCCAAAAGAACUGCAGACCCAGAAAACUGUCACUGCAUACAACUAAGGAGGAAACCCCUUAACCGAGGCCAACGAAGCGACCUACUUUCCUGCAAAAGAUUAUCAAGUAUUUUUUGAAGUUAUACCUCAAGUCUUUACUACUGUAUUUUUUAAAAGUGAAAGACAUCGAUAUAUUACCAAAAAAAUGGUCCUGUGACUCUUAGGCCAUUACUCUCUCUCUUGCUUAUGCAAGCAAAUUUAAAACGUAGCUUUCUUAUUCAAAUGUUUUAUUUUAUUGGAAGAAGAGUGGAUUCAUUUUUAAUAGUUUUGACAAUCUGACCAACGGGUCCUUUUAUGAAAAAAUAAGUGCAUAUGGGAAGCUUUGGAUGCAGUACCUUGCUGGGUCUAAGUAAGCGACAGCCCUGAAGACAGAGACUGUGUGUGCUCCAGCAGCGUGCAGAACAGUUACGUGGUAUGGCAAAGGCAUUGAAGACUUUCCAGAAGACAGUUCUGUAUUUUCACCGCUGCCUCAAUGCAUGUCUUUUAGUAUUUAUAUUAGAAGAAUAUGCUAGAAUUGAUCUGUUCAUGCUUGUUGGUUCUUUUAAGUGCCUUCAUAGACCUACCCAGUGUAGACCAAUACAUGUUCAGAAAUACCAUUUACCUUGUAACGCUUCACUUUUUCUAGGUUACUUCAAUAAUUGAAUAAAAUGGUUAAGUCUCCCUUUGGAUUUAGUUUUUAAGUAUUUCAGCUGUAGGGUAGAGAGUGGA